UUCCGUUGACACGUGAGCUCUUAGCUCUCCCACGCCAUCGCCCCCUGCUGGACGAAAAGGCGUAGUACAAUAAUAUGUGUUUCAGUGGCUUAUCCCCGUUCCAGUGGCGAGAGACAUUUUACAGCAUAUGUUUACAGAAGAAGAAUACUUUUCUUUUUAAAACUAUUUUUGAAUUUGUUUGUUUUUUUGAAUUUGUAUUCAUUUAUUUAUUUUUUAUUUUAAAUAAUGUAAGUACGAGACAUCCUGAUCCCCACUCCGUGCCAGUUGGUGGCGGUAAUGCACACAAUUUUGUUUGCCAACCGGCAAUAAACCUCGAAGAAGAAGAAGAAGAAAUAGUAAACAUUACAAGGGAGUACGUGAAGGCAGCACGUACUUUCAACUGCCAACGAGAUUUGUGUUGGACUGCAGUGUUGUGUCGUAAAAAGAGUUAACCCUGAAAUAUUUAGUACAUUAGCUGGUUCGCUAGUUAUGUAUUUUCGUCAGAUUUUGCGGGCGCAGUUAUUCGGCACCAGAGCGGCUCACUUCAAGCGUUUGCAGCGUGUUUGUCGAGCCGAGAGACCGCUGUGCACCAAAGGUGACGAGGUGAGGUUGGCAGAGGAGGCCAGCAGGAAGUAUGGCUCCCCAACUCCAACCAUCUUCUCCAAAGUGAUUGAUAAAAGCAUCCCUGCGGAUAUCAUUUAUGAGGAUGAGAAGUGUUUGGCCUUCAGGGAUAUCAGCCCACAGGCCCCUGUUCACUUCCUGGUUAUUCCAAGGGUCCCUAUUCCCAGAAUAAGUGAGGCCAGAGAUGAUGAUGCAGAGCUCUUGGGACAUUUGUUGGUUGUUGCCAAAAAUGUGGCAAAGCAAGAAUCUCUCGACGAAGGAUACAGAGUGGUGAUCAACGACGGAAAGCACGGUUCUCAGUCAGUGUACCACCUCCAUGUCCACGUCCUGGGAGGCAGACAGAUGGCGUGGCCACCAGGAUAAGGGUUUCAUGGGCCUAUGGUCUUUUCCAUCCUCAUCUCGUCACUCUGUACAUCAACUCACUUCACCAGGCAAAAAAAAAAAAACCACGACAUGUUAAGACAAAUGUAAAGAUUAAAUGUAAAAAUGUAGUCGGGGAUACGGCUGCAAAUAAAGACGGCGUUUCUAAUAUGGAAA